AUGGCGGUCGACAAGUUCACGAAGUGGCCGGAGGUUACCCCGAUCAUCAAGGCUGACAAGAACUUUGCGCUCAAGUUCAUCAAGGACCUGGUGGCCCAUUUCUGGGUUCCAAAUCGGAUCAUCACCGACAAUGGAACCCAGUUCAAGAGCUACCUCUUUGGGGAUUAUUGUGAGGACAUGGGCAUCAACCUAUGCUUUGCUUCCAUGACACACCCACGCAACAAUGGGCAAGCCGAGAGAGCCAAUGCAGAAAUCCUCAAAGGGCUAAAAACCAGGCCCUACAACAAGCUCAAGAAGCAUGGCACAGACUGGACAGACGAGCUUUCGGCGGUGGUUUGGGCGAACCGGACCACACCGAGCCGUGCAACAGGCAAGACACCAUUCUUUCUCGUCUAUGGAGCCGAAGCCAUGCUCCCGCCCAAAGUAACAUUGGGGAUCCCGCGGGUACGAGCCUACAAUGAGGAAGAUCAAGAUCAGCUGCGGCGGCAUGAUGUCCUCUACCUUGAGGAAGUACGGUGCAGAGUGGCGGUUAGGGCAGCUUGCUACUAG